AUGGCAACCCGCUCCCGGCCACCCUCUCGAGCCCGCUCCCCUAUCAAUCAGGGAGAGCUGGGACCCUUCCUUCCGCCAGCCUCCCCUGAGCUUGGCAAAGUCUCACUCGAGCGGGUCAUCCGCCUUCUCUGGGGGCUCCAAUCCCAAGUCAACCGCAUUGAGCGGACCCUCUUGGAACAAACUGAAGUUAGUCAAGAGGUUCAAACCAACGUCGAGAACAUCUCACAAACGGUCGAUGUUGUCAAGGAUGGGCUUGCCCAGCUCCAAUCCGCCCGGGGUCCCCACACCCCAGAAGAACCAAAACCCCCCGCGGUUGAGGAAACUCCCAGGGCCGCGCCCAAAGCCGAGCCUAUUGGCAAGGCUCAACCAUUCCUUGGGGCCCCAGCCCCCAUCAUCUCCACAGGGGCCCCCAGGCGCGACCCCCUUUCCCUCUUCAAUCCCUAUCCUUCCUCGUCCUUCCCUUCAGGACCGGCUCCAGCAGCCCCCAAAGGACCUCCGCCAGCGCCUGUCACUGCCCCGGCACUGCCUCCAGCCCCCUCCACUGUGAAAGUGGACCAUCCAGAUGCCUUCAAAGGCAAAAUUGGCUUGGAGGCCAAACAGUGGCUAACUCAAAUGUUGGCAUGGGUACGCCUCAACCAGAGGCAAUUCCCAACGGACUUGGAGGUCCUCUCCUUUCUCCUCAUGAACAUGGAGGAAGCGGCUGGGGCCUGGGCCCAUCCCCACCUGGACCAGUUAGGGUCCCAUCGCGCACUUAUCCAGACCGUGGAUGAAUUUAAAAACGAGUUCCUGGCCGCCUUCGGCGACCCUGACGCAACCAGAGCAGCGGAGCGGAAGAUCACUUCCCUCACACAAACCGGCACUUGUGCCGAAUACAUCACCAAGUUCCGCACGCUACAAAUGGAACUCGACUGGAACGACGCCGCACUCCGUGGCCAGUUUGCGCGAGGACUUCACUGGGAGGUCCGGAAGCAGAUUGCCACUAGGGAAAGGCAACCACGCACCCUGAGGGAAUUGCAAGACGCAUCCCUCAUCAUCAACAACGCCCUCCAAGAGGAACGCGCCAGCCACCCGCAUCAGGGUAAUAAGUCUGGCAAAAUCUCUUCCACCCCCAACCGGGGGGCGAGUACCGGCCAACAGGCCACCAAAACCGGUCCCCUCUCCUCCGAUCCCAAUUACGUUUUGGAGGAAGAACAAAACCGCCGCCGCGCAGAAGGUCUCUGUGUCAAAUGCGGCAAACCCGGGCAUAGAUUUGCCGAAUGCCGGACUGGAUGGAAGGCUACCCCUAAAGAGGACAAGGGGAAAGCCAAGGAAGCCGCCAAAAUUGGCAAAGACUCCGAGUACCAAUUGGGAAAAGAAAUUGCACCUCUCUUCACAAUUCCAAUACGGCCAGAGAAAACAGCGGAAACAUUAGAAGUCCUGAUCAACUCAGGCGCCACGUCAUCAUUCUUACACCCUCGCACCGCGGAAUCACUCCGCCUUCCGCUCAUUGAUCUCCCCACUCCCCGUACCGUUACUAUGCUUGAUGGGUCAAGCCCCCAGGCAGGAAAAAUCUGGAAGAAGGCAGUACUCACCUUCACCUAUGAUGGCAAAAAGAUGACGGAGACCUUCCUCAUCUGUAAUACUGGCAGCCAUGCGGCCAUCCUAGGUUUGAAAUGGUUAGAUGCUCAUAAUCCGGAAAUAGAUUGGAACACGCGCACUCUAUCCUUCCCACACACUCCGCCAGAACAUGUGGCCAUUGCCGAAGAGGAAGAAGCUGAUCAGAACCCCCUCAAAGGAGUACCCUCCAAAUACCACCAAUACGCUAAGGUAUUUGGAGAAGAAGAAUUCAACAAGCUUCCCCCCCAUAGGCAUUACAAUAUUGGGAUCAAACUUACCGAAGAAGGCCCCCUCAAUUCUCCCCUCUAUAGUAUGACAGAUGCCGAGUCUGCCACACUAAAAGACUGGCUCAGGGAUGAGUUGAAAGCAGGGAAAAUCCGCCCAAGCAAAUCUUCAAUCAGUUCCCCCGUCAUGUUUGUUCCAAAGAAGGACGGUUCCCGCCGCUUGGUUGUCGACUACCGCUGCCUUAACAACCGGACAAAGAAGAAUGUAUACCCGUUACCCCGUCCAGACGAUCUUAUGGCCCAGCUCCGUGGUGCCAAGGUCUUUACCAAACUGGACCUAAGAUGGGGUUACAACAACGUCCGCGUCAAAGAAGGCAACGAAUGGAAGACUGCGUUCCGGACCAAGUAUGGCCUGUACGAAUCCCUUGUCAUGACCUUCGGCCUGACCAAUGCCCCUGCCUCAUUCCAACAUUUCAUGAACGAUCUAUUUAAGGAUUUGUUGGAUGUAUGCGUCAUCAUCUACCUUGAUGACAUCCUGAUCUACUCAAAGGAUGACGCAUCUCACACGCAGCACGUUCAUGAGGUCCUAAAACGGCUAAUGGAGAAUCAACUGUUUUGUAAGGCUUCCAAGUGUACGUUCCACGUCACCUCCGUGGAAUAUCUAGGGAUCAUUGUAUCGGAUAAAGGUUUUAGCCUGGAUAAGCUCAAAAUCCAGGCAGUUCAGGAAUGGCCGGUACCCACCAAAGUCAAGGAAGUCCAAUCGUUCCUGGGGUUUGCCAAUUUCCUCCGUUGUUUUGUUGCCAACUUCAGCCACAUGGCUAGGCCGCUACACAACCUAGUCAAGAAGGAUACGCCUUGGAAAUGGGACACAAAGGAACAGGAGGCAUUCCAGGGGCUGAAGGACGCCAUAACCAACGCCCCUGUACUCCGUCACGCCGACCCGACCAAGCCUUAUUUCCUAGAGACAGAUGCUUCUGGUGCAGCCCUAGGCUCCAUUCUCAGCCAACGACAGGAAGACGGCCGCCUCCAUCCACUCGGCUUCCUAUCCGAAUCAUUCAAAGGAGCCAAGCAGAACUAUGACACACAUGAUAAGGAGCUCCUAGCAAUCAUUCGCUCCUUUGAGUAUUGGCGCAUAUUCCUGGAAGGCACCGCACAUCCCAUCACGGUAUUUACAGAUCAUCGCAACUUGGAAUAUUGGAAGGAAUCUAGAACAUUCAACCGACGUCACGCCAGGUGGCACCUGUUACUAGCCGGGUAUAACUUCCAAAUUGUAUACCGCCCCGGGAAACAAUCAGGAAAACCGGACGCACUCUCACGCCGAUCGGACCAUGCCGAUAUACCCCCUGCCAAUCAGACCAUGCUCCCCGACCCUGUCUUUGCCAACGUAGCCUUAGUCACACCCAAGAAGGAACUCCAACGACAAAUUGAGGCCAGUCUAGACCAAGACGAAUCCCUGGAAGAAAUAUUACAAUUCCUCCAGAACAAAUCCAAGGCACCCCCGUCCAUCAAACAAGCAUUCAGGGAUUACGAGAUGGAAGCAGGCCUGCUGUUCUACCAAGGGCGAAUUGUAGUACCAGACGUUGGGACACUGAGAACGGAUUUACUCCGCAUAUUCCACGACAGCCCCUUGGCCGGCCACCCAGGCAGACAACGGACCUUAGAAUUGGUAUCCAGAAACUACUACUGGCCUGGUAUCCGAGCGGACACAUAUUGGCAUGUGGACUCCUGUGAAACGUGCCAACGGAUCAGGAAGCCCAAAUACGCGUCAAUCCCACCUCAGCCACUCGAACUUCCUGUGAAACCCUGGCAGCACGUGUCUUACGACAUGAUAGUAGAUCUGCCAAAAGAUGGAAGCAACGACUCCAUCUUGGUCAUAGUGGAUAGCUUCACAAAGUAUGGGAUUUUUGUCAAAUGUUCCAAGAAGCUCAAGGCACCUGAGCUAGCGGAAUUGUUCCUGGAGCACGUAUGGAAGCGGCAUGGUAUGCCCGAGAAAACGGUCUCAGAUAGAGGGAGGGUCUUCAAUAACAAAUUCCUGAGGGCGCUGUACAAACGCCUAGGAAUAGACCCGCACUUCUCCUUGGCGUACCAUCCCCAGAGCAACGGACAGACCGAACGGGUUAACCCAUCCAUUGAACAUUUCCUAAGAGCAUACUCGGGAGUCAAUCAACGGGACUGGACUAAAUGGUUACCAAUGGCCGAAUUUGUGUACAACAAUGCGGUCCACAGCAGCACAGGGAAAACACCAUUUAAAGCCCUGUACGGAUGGGAACCUACCCUGACACCUUCCAACGUACCCACGGACGUACCAGAGGCUGACGACUUAGCCCAAACAAUGGAGGCACAAUGGAAGGAAGUGGAAUCGGCACUCCGGCAAUCUAAGCAACGCAUGACGGCCGGAGAAGAUGGAAGCCCCAUAGAGUUUGAGAUUGGAGAGGAAGCUUGGCUGGACGCCAAAAACGUCAACCUCAAAACCUUAAGUUCAAAGCUUACAGAACAACGCCUAGGACCAUUUAAGGUUAUUGAGAAGAUCUCCGAUUGGGCUUACCGCCUAGAACUCCCUCCUACCAUGCGAAUCCACAACGUCUUUUACGUAGGACUUCUAUCUAAAGUAAAAAGGGACAAGAAACGCGCCUUCAAGAACCGCCCCCCGCCGGUCACCGUAGACGGGGAAGAAGAGUACGAGGUAGAGGGGAUUACCAAUGCAGAAGAACGCAACGGGAAAUGGUUUUUCCGGGUAAAAUGGAAGGGUUACGGCUCCAAAGAAAACACGUGGGAGCCCAGGGAAAACUUAAAAAACGCGGAAAAAAUUUUGGAGAAGUAUGAGAAGGACAUGAGAAAGAAGGCCCUUGGCGCCGCCAAGGCCCUUAGAGGGGGGGCAGUGUCGUAG